CUCCUCAGGUUUUUUCACUGUAGAAUACAGUCUUUGAAAGACUAUGGACCCAAGUAACUACAGUAGUCUACAUGUUUUUAUUCUGCUGGGCUUCUCGGAUCAUCCCAAACUGGAGAUGAUCCUCUCUGGCGUUGUUUCCAUCUUCUAUAUUAUUACAUUGGUGGGUAACACAGCUAUCAUUCUCGCAUCCCUCCUGGAUUCCCAACUCCACACACCAAUGUACUUCUUCCUCAGGAAUUUAUCUUUCCUGGAUUUGUGUUUCACAACAAGCAUCGUCCCUCAGAUGCUGGUAAACUUGUGGGGACCUGAGAAGACCAUCAGCUCUUUGGGUUGUGUUGUUCAGCUCUAUGUGUAUAUGUGGCUCGGCUCCAUUGAGUGUCUUCUCCUGGCUGUCAUGUCCUAUGAUCGUUUCACUGCUAUUUGUAAGCCCUUGCAUUAUUUUGUAAUCAUGAACCCAUGUCUGCGUCUCAAGAUGAUUGUCAUGGUCUGGAGUAUUAGUUUGGCCAACUCUGUGGUACUAUGCACACUCACAGUGAAUUUGCCUAGAUGCGGAAACAACCUUCUGGAUCACUUCUUGUGUGAGUUGCCCGCAAUGGUCAAGAUAGCUUGUGUAGACACCACAACAGUCGAAAUGUCUGUUUUUGCUCUAGGCAUUGUCAUUGUCCUUACACCCCUCAUCCUUAUUCUUAUUUCCUAUGGCUAUAUCGCCAAAGCUGUAUUGAGAAUGAAAUCAAAGGCAGGGCAACGAAAAGCAAUGAAUACCUGUGGAUCUCAUCUUACUGUUGUGUCCAUAUUCUAUGGAACUAUUAUCUACAUGUACCUGCAACCAGGUAACAGUGCCUCCAAGGACCAGGGCAAGUUCCUCACUCUCUUUUACACCAUCAUCACUCCAAGUCUCAACCCCCUCAUCUAUACCCUAAGGAACAGAGAUAUGAAAGGUGCACUGAAGAGACUGAUGAAAGUUCACCACAAAUCUGCAGAAAUAGAGAGAAACUAAACAUCACAGAAAAAUAU